CCGACGACUAGUCGGCCAUGUGAAAGCCUACUGAUGCUGCUGCUGUUGGCUCACGAUCUCAGGCCUCUCGGCCCAAUCCCAGCCACACGAGCUUUGAAGGGCUCCGGCGGUCCAGCCGUUGGUUGUGCGGGGCCGGCAGAAGCCAAUUAUACUCCUGUUGCAUACUGCAUGGGGCCAUGGGCUCGAGUGCCCAUGCACAAGGCGUCCAUCCCGCCGUGUAAGGUUACCAGGGCACACCUUGGAAGGUAGGUGAUCAGUUCUCGCCCCGACCACUUGCAUCAGAGCGCAGAUUUCCUCUUCUUCACCGUCGCAUCCCCAGAGAAAACCCUUGCUCUUCGGCCGAGUACCAAACUACGCGGGUCUCUCGUUUGUUUUUCCUGAUCUUUUGCCCCCAAGCUUUCCGCCAUCUCAGCAUCUUGGGACGACCUUUUUGACAUUCCCAAUCGGAUGCACAAAGGGAUGGGUCUCAGCCCAAGCAGUAUUAUUCCACUAAAUAUCUAAUCCGCUGUGACUCGACUCACGCUCAACAAUGAGGCUGCUUUCGAUACACGCGCUCGCGCUUCUCUGCUGCGGAUUCGCUGUCGCACAAGACUGCAUCAACGUCGCCCUCACCGCGAUCCCCUCCUGCGCUCAGAAUUGUAUUCUCAAUGGCGCACCAUCGAUAGGGUGCCAGGGGACAGACUUCAGCUGCCAAUGCGCGCAGUCGGCGGCGCUCUUCGCCGCUGUUGAGGGUUGUGUGUCGUCAGCAUGCCCAUCCGCCAGUUACCAGGCUGUUAUUGAUGGAUCAGACGAAGUUUGUGGAUGUGCUGCCCCAGCAGGAGGAGCACCAGCCGCAGCAGGGACGGCAAGUGUUUCUGGUAUUGGUGGCAGCGCCCCGGCAACAAAUACAGCCACUGCCACCUCGGCAUCAUCACCAUCGGCGACUUCAGGCGGCAGCAGCGGCGGAGGAUCCGGCACGACAGGAGGAGCAGGAGGAGGCGGCGGCGGCGGCGGCACCCCUUUUACCGGCUAUUCGAGCGUCUCACCGAUCGCAACCGCCUCGGUCGUCGGCGCUGCGGCGCAAGCAACCCCGGGUGUGAACGUUAUCCGAUACGUCGUACCCGUGGUCAUGAUGGGCGCGGCCGUGCUGUGAGGACCAGGCAAAGCGAAAACGACUCUGCUACGCCACGAAGCAGAUGGCCGGAGCCGUGGCGACUGCGCCACGCGACUUGUGGACGGGCACACGUAUCCCGCCGGGGAAGUAGAUACCAUUCUAGACACGGUGUGCGAUCUUUAGACGGCUCUCGAGUUUUGGCUCUCGAGAGACCCACACACACCUCCCAUAUAUCCGACUAAUUGCCAACACAUCAUCGCCGCACCCUGUCGACACCUGAUAUCAGGGCCACUCAAACAACGCCAACAAUGGCCUACUGAGGCUUUGCCGUCUUUUCUGAGGGUCUGAGCCUUGAAGUCAUCUUCAGGAGAAGGAAAUGCGGAAAAUAGCAGCUGCAAGAGGAGGAAUUACUUCGUAUCCUGGCUGAGCCGGCCCUAGGGUAUGCAACCCACACGGCUGGCUCUUCGGGACCGAUGGUGUCGGCGGCAAAGGGUUCGACCGAUGGUGUGUGUACGGCAACGCCUUUCCUUGAAUGGGGAAUUUACAUUCAAGACUUGAGAUGUAUAUAAGCUCGGUACUAAUUAUAAUUGCGGACCAUUCUGGUCGUCGAGAUGA